CCUGACCUCCUUCCACCGAUCAACGGACUCUUUCUACGUUCCUGUAAUGAUUUUUCUCUACUUAUUAUAUUUCAUGUCUUUUUUUCAUGGGAAUAUUUGUCUCUCUCACAUACACAAAUUCAUAUCUGAAUAUUCAUUUUGUUUUUGAACGUAUUUUUGGCAUCCAAGGCUGUGCAGAUCACGCGGUUGUUUGAGAUUUUAUUAGUGUGUUUAUACAGUUAAAGUUGCCAGAAGUGCUAUGUUCAUGCACAUUUUUUAGGAGAUUGAGUUGGUUUCAUGCGUUAUUCUUGAGGAGCAGUGCCAUGCACAGCUGUGUUCGCUGGGUGGGUUACACAAAGAGUGUUCGCAAAUUGAUGCAAUGUCAGCAGCUAGCAAAUUUGAUCUAUCUUCUAGUAGUCCAGAUAGGCCACUGCACGCCUCUGGGCAGCGUGGAUCUUAUGCACCUACUGCUUCAUUGGAUCGGUCAGGUAGCUUCCGUGAGAACAUGGAGAAUCCAAUCUUAUCUUCUCUUCCAAACAUGACUAGAAGCACUUCAACAAUAACACGUACAGAUGCGGUUAACUUUUUCCAAUGCUUGCGCUUUGAUCCAAAAGCUAUGGUUACGGACCACAAGCUUAAUCGGAUUAUUGAUUUCAAGCAGCUUACCAGUUUAGCUUUAGGGGUGCCAGUGGAGGAUUCUUCUUUGGUGUCUUCCAAAGGCAAACUGUUCCCUUCUCCCUCUGCAGAGGAGGCCAGACGGCUGAAGACUGGUCUUCGUGAAAGCUGCUCUAAAGCGAGGGAACGUGUAAAAAUAUUCACCGAAUCUUUAUCUGUGCUCAAUAAAUGCUUUCCAAGCAUUCCAUCAAGGAAGAGAUCUCGCUCUGAUGCUUUAUCAAAUGACCGACCCAUGACAUUUUUCCCAAGUGAUCGAUCAGUUUCAGGGACAGGCAUGGGUAAGACGGGUACACAAAGUCAUUGUUCUCCCAGUAGUUAUGAGUUUGAGCAACAAAAGUUUGAAGAAAGGGUUAAAACUACUGUUCCAAGCAAACGUACUCGGACUUCCAUGGCGGAUAUGAGGCCUGAUGUAAGGGCAAACACACCCACAAGGCCCGUGGGGAACAUAGAUAGAGAUAGGGAGUUACUGAGGUUUACAAAUGGUAGCUCAAUUCAGGGAGAAGAUCAUACUCCAUCCGUUGCUGUAGAGGGUUGGGAGAAGUCGAGGAUGAAAAAGAAGCGUUCUGGAAUUAAACCAGAUGCUACUAGUUCCAUGACGGCCAAACAUAUUGAUGGCCACAGGGAAUCAAAGCAAGGAGUGCAGCCACGACUUCCUAAUGAUAGUCGAUCAAGAUUUACGGAUACCCAUGGCUUCAGACCUGGGGUUACUCCUGGAGGUGUCGGAAAAGCUGAUGGUGCAACACAGCAAGUUACCUUAGGCAUACGUUCUUCCCUGUCUAAGGUUGGCCAAGAUAACUAUCCUCAUCUCCCAGAUAAAAGAGAUCGUUCUCUUGGUUCAGAUAAAGAACGGGUGAAUCUCAGAACAGUCAACAAUACAAUGAAGCCAGCUGCUUGUGAAGAAUUUACAUCACCUAGCCCUACAUCGAACACAAAAUUUAAUUCUGCUAUUAGGGCUCCACGAUCAGGUUCGGGUGUUGCACCAAAGUUGUCUCCUCCGGUUCAGCGGGCAGUUGCUGCAAAUGAUUGGGAAAUCUCUCAUUGCACAAACAAACUUCCAUCUGCUGUCGGGGCAGGUAAUCGAAAGCGUAACCCUUCUACAAGGUCCUCAUCACCACCCGUUGCUCAAUGGGCCAGCCAAAGGCCUCAAAAGAUUUCUCGACCAGCAAGAAGGAAUAAUUUUCCAGUUGUUCCCAAUAAUGAUGAGAUCUCCACCUUGGAUAGCGCAAGUGAUGUUAUGCGUAAUGAGAGGCGUUUUUCUAGCUCUUCUCCUCAACAAAAGGUAAAAACCGAUCUCUUCUCUCCAGCUGUAUCUGAAACUGAGGAAUUAGGAGCUGCUGAAAUCAAGUCUAAAGACAAGAGCAAGAAGUCUGAUGAAGUGGAUGAGAAAGCUGGGAUUGUACAAAAGAUGUCAACAUUGCUGCUGCCGCCAAGGAAAAAUAAGGUGGUUAGUGGAGAAGACUUUGGAGAUGGCAUUCGCAGGCAAGGGCGGAGUGGGAGGGGUAUUAUGUCUGUUAGGUCCCUAAUGCCGUUGAUGGCCGAAAAGCUUGACAAUGUUGGAACUGUAAAACAACUUAGAACCUCUAGACAUUCUCUGGAUAAGACAGAAAGCAAAGGAGGCAGACCACCUACGAGAAAGCUCUCUGAUCGUAGGGCGUAUAAACGACAGAAGCAUGCAACAAUGGAUGCUGCAGCUGAUUUUCUAGUUGUUUCAGAUGAUGGCCGUGAAGAGCUACUGGCUGCUGCAAGUGCUGUUGCUAACACUGCUCAAGCCCUUUCGAGCUCAUUCUGGAAGCAAAUGGAGCCACUUUUUCGUUUUAUAUCUGAAAUAGACACGACAUUUCUGAGGCAGCAGGUAGAUCAUGAGACUGAUCUAGCAGCACCAGCUGCUGUUCCUUUUGAUGCUGAUACUUCCAGUUUAAUUAGUGGCAUUGGGUUGAAUGAAGUUGGGGGACAGACAAAUGAAACACAGAGUUUUGAUCUCAUCUCAGAACAUUUAGUCUCUGGAAAAAGUAAACCCAAGGGUAUUUCCUUGUAUCAAAGGAUGAUGGCUGCUUUAGUACCUGAAGAACUUUAUUGCAAUAGAAAGGAAGACCUUAACUCCAAUGUUGAUAAAUCUGGAUUUGAAAUGGAGAUGGAGUCAGAAUCCGAAGCUUCCUGUGCACAGAUGUUAUAUAGAAGUGAUGCGUCCCAAUACUGUGCUUCUAAUGGAUUCAGGAUAAAUUCCAAUGGGUGUUCCGAUGAUAAUUUGGAUUACGUUAAGGCUGAUAAUGUUACAUCCGCCUUAGAAGUGGGGAAUUUUUCAAGCUAUGAUCAGUCACAAAAUGGUUUACUUCCAGAACAGCGAAUUGUGCCUGGCUUUGUUUGUUCCGAUUAUCAGUAUGAUGAGAUGUCAAUUGAUGAACGACUUCUCCUGGAGAUCCACUAUGUCGGAAUAUAUCCGGACCUGGAGUCUGAUUUAGCUGAGAUUGGAAAUGAAGAGAUCAAUGCAGAAAUCUGUAAAUUACAAGAGAAACACCAGGAAAUGGUUUCUAAGAAGAAAAGGAUGCUGGGAAAACUGCUACAUUCAUCUUCAGAGAUGACAGAGUUUCAAGAGAAGGAAUUCGAACAGCGUGCUCUUGAUAAACUGGUUGCAAUGGCAUACGAAAAAUAUAUGAGCUGUUGGGGUCCAAAUGUUCAUGGGAUGAAGAGUGCUAGCGGGAAAAUGGCCAAGCAAGCUGCCUUAGCUUUUGUCAAGCGGACAUUGCAUCGAUGCCAAGAAUUUGAGGAGAUAAGAAAGAGUUGUUUCAGUGAGUCUUUGUACAAGGAGAUGUUCCUUUCUGGGAUAUCCCGCCUUAGUAAUGGACAAACUGAUUCGAACACUGAUGGCGAAGCUGGAAAGUCUUAUAUUAGCACAUCCAUCUGUUCAGGUGAAGCUAGAGUUUCAGCUUUGGGUGCACAGCAAAGCCCAUCUCAAAAUCUGGACAUAUCCUGUGAAGCCAAUUUACCUUCUGAAGUAAGUAGGGUCAAGCGGAGAGAGUUGGAUGAGGUUCUUGGUACUACUACCGUUGGUGUUUCUUCAGGCAUAGGUGGUUCACUCUUAAGCAGUGCAAAAGGGAAGAGAAGUGAGAGAGACCGAGAAGGAAAAGGAAAUGGCAGAGAGGCAUUAUCCCGCAAUGGAACAACCAAAAUUGGCCGACUUGCCUCUUCCAAUGUCAAGGGAGAAAGAAAGCCCAAGACAAAAGCUAAGCAGAAAACUGCUCAGUUAUCCACCUCUGUCAACGGGUUUUUUGGUAGGGUGUCAGAGCCUAAAUUGCCAGGAUCUUCAAUAGCCAAAUCAAGUGGUAUAAGUGCCACUGGCACUGGAAAUGCUAAGACUGAUUGUAACCUGGAGGACCUAGAUGAUCCCAUUGACUUAUCCGGCCUGCAACUUCCAGAAAUGGAUGUUUUAGGUGUCCCUGACGAUCUUGGUGGUCAGGGACAGGACAUAGGCUCAUGGCUAAACAUUGAUGAUGACGGAUUACAAGAUCAUGACUUUUUGGGCCUUGAGAUUCCAAUGGAUGAUUUGUCAGACUUGAAUAUGAUGGUUUGAAGCUUCUUUUGCUGUAUAUUCCUGUUUAUUACCUUUCACUGGAGAAGCCUUGUUGUCCAGACAUGACCACUAGUUAAUAUGGGUUGUGUGACUCUGCAGUCCAUAAUUAGGGCUUGCAUAUUCUUUGGGAUACCUGUGUAUCGCUACACUUUUGAGUGAACCCUUUGAGGAAGGUAGGGUUUUGUUCGUAUAAGUUGAUGACUUCGACUGUAAAGAUCUUUUUGUGCAAUGUUCAACCAGUACCCUAGUCAUAGUAUCGUAGAAACACUGUACUUUGGAUUUAGCAAUACAGUUCAGGGAAUGUCUUCUGUACAUAGAUUUUGAUUUUUCAAUAAGAUCACUUUUUAUAAGUC